AAGCCCAAGAAGCCCAUGGGCGGGCGGAGUGUGAUGUUAUGAUGAUUUUGGUUAGGGUGUGGUGUGCAGUGGCAAAGUGAGAGUCAGAGAUGGUAGCUAUUGGCUUUGGAGCCCCUCCUUCUCCACUUCCGUUUCAUCUUCGCCUGGCUUCCUCUCCUUCUCCUUUGGCCUUCCCAAUAAUCCACAAAUUCCAAAACGCAGGCAAGUCAGUGAUAACAAUCUGUUCAAAGAAAAAUGCAAAAUCAAGGGUGGUCACUCUCUGCUCUGCACCUGUGCAAGUUGAUAUGCAGGAGCAGGAGGUUAGUGAUAUUACUUUGAGAGAGAGAAGUGUUUCGGUUGUCCUAUUGGCUGGAGGGCAGGGCAAGAGGAUGGGAGCUAGCAUGCCAAAGCAGUAUCUUCCUCUUUUUGGUCAACCCAUUGCUUUGUAUAGUUUCCACACUUUUUUUCACCUGGUUCAAGUCAAAGAAAUUAUUGUGGUUUGUGAUCCUUCAUACAAGGACAUUUUUGAAGAUGCAAAGGGAGAUUACCAAGCAGAACUCAAAUUUGCACUGCCUGGAAAAGAAAGACAGGAUUCUGUUUAUAAUGGCUUUCAGGCUGUUGAUCCUAACUCUGAACUUGUUUGCAUUCAUGAUUCUGCAAGACCUUUGGUAUUAUCAGCAGAUGUGAAAAAGGUCCUUAAAGAUGGUUUAUUGAAUGGAGCUGCAGUUCUUGGUGUCCCUGUGAAGGCCACAAUCAAAGAGGCAAACAGGGAGUCGUUUGUUGUUAAAACACUGGACAGAAAAACGCUAUGGGAGAUGCAGACCCCACAGGUUAUCAAGCCUGAGUUGUUGAGGAAAGGCUUUGAGCUUGUAAAUAGGGAAGGUCUUGAAGUUACUGAUGAUGUGUCCAUUGUUGAACACCUAAAACAUCCUGUUUAUAUCACUCAAGGAUCUUAUACCAACAUUAAGGUGACUACACCUGAUGACAUGUUACUGGCAGAGAGAAUAUUGAAUAUAAAUGAUGAAGACAAUAUAGUCUUGCCAGUUCACCUUUGAAGGGAAAUCAUAUCCUGCAAGAUAAGAUAGAACUGGAAAUCUUCUUUUUCAAUAAAUAGCGAUCAAACAAUGAACUUAAAAAUCCUUUAGUCUUGUUUAUCUUAGAUUUAUGAUUAAGUUAGUGAAGUGUUUUAAGAUAAAAUAUCAAACUUAUUGGAAUUGAUAUUUUUUUGGGUAUUUAAUUGAGCAUUUUUACAAGACAACGAUGUUCGGGUACGCCCAAUGUGGUAGUUAAGUUCUUGAA